UGCGAACGCCCGCUGAGCUGGGUCUCGCUGCUGGGUGCGCGGCGGCGGAGAGCGAGGCCUGGUGAGCCCCGGCGCUGGCCGGCUGCGGGAGCGUGCGCGCGGGAGCGGUACGGCGGGCGGCGAGCGAGCCAGCGGCUCACGCCAGCGUCGGUUGCCUCGAGCCUGGUAUUGCGCCGAAUACCUCGGGUGUAGUAAAGCGUGCAGUCCCCACAGUAACUCUGAAAAAUCAUGACUACUCCAGGAAAAGAGAACUUUCGCCUGAAAAGUUACAAAAAUAAGUCCCUGAAUCCUGAUGAGAUGCGCAGAAGAAGGGAGGAAGAGGGACUGCAGUUACGCAAGCAGAAAAGAGAAGAGCAGUUAUUCAAGCGAAGAAAUGUUGCUACAGCAGAGGAAGAAACAGAAGAAGAAGUUAUGUCAGAUGGAGGCUUCCAUGAGGCUCAGAUUAAUAACAUGGAGAUGGCACCAGGUGGUGUUAUUACUUCCGACAUGAUCGAAAUGAUAUUUUCCAAUAGCCCAGAGCAACAGCUUUCAGCAACACAGAAAUUCAGAAAACUGCUUUCAAAAGAACCUAAUCCUCCUAUUGAUGAAGUCAUCAGCACACCGGGAGUGGUGGCCAGGUUUGUGGAGUUCCUCAAACGAAAAGAGAACUGUACACUGCAGUUUGAAUCAGCUUGGGUAUUGACAAAUAUUGCUUCAGGGAAUUCUCUUCAGACCCGGAUUGUGAUUCAGGCAGGAGCUGUGCCUAUCUUCAUAGAGUUGCUCAGCUCAGAAUUUGAAGAUGUCCAGGAGCAGGCAGUCUGGGCUCUUGGCAACAUUGCUGGAGAUAGUACCAUGUGCAGGGACUAUGUCUUAGACUGCAAUAUUCUUCCCCCACUUCUGCAGUUAUUUUCAAAGCAAAACCGCCUCACCAUGACCCGGAAUGCAGUAUGGGCUUUGUCUAAUCUCUGUAGAGGGAAAAGUCCGCCUCCAGAAUUUGCAAAGGUUUCCCCCUGUCUGAAUGUGCUUUCCUGGUUGUUAUUUGUCAGUGACACUGAUGUCCUGGCUGAUGCCUGCUGGGCCCUUUCAUAUCUGUCAGAUGGCCCUAAUGAUAAAAUUCAAGCCGUCAUUGAUGCAGGAGUAUGUAGGAGACUUGUGGAGCUUUUGAUGCAUAAUGAUUAUAAAGUGGUUUCUCCUGCUUUGCGGGCUGUGGGAAACAUUGUCACAGGAGAUGAUAUUCAGACGCAGGUAAUUUUGAAUUGCUCAGCUUUGCAGAGUUUAUUGCAUUUGCUGAGUAGCCCAAAGGAAUCUAUCAAAAAGGAAGCAUGUUGGACAAUAUCUAAUAUCACAGCUGGAAAUAGAGCACAGAUCCAGACUGUGAUAGAUGCCAACAUUUUCCCAGCCCUCAUUAGUAUAUUACAAACUGCCGAGUUUCGGACAAGGAAAGAAGCAGCUUGGGCCAUCACAAAUGCAACUUCUGGAGGGUCAGCUGAACAGAUCAAGUACCUCGUAGAACUCGGUUGUAUCAAGCCACUUUGUGAUCUCCUCACAGUCAUGGACUCUAAGAUUGUACAGGUUGCCCUAAAUGGCUUGGAAAAUAUCCUGAGGCUUGGAGAACAAGAAGCCAAAAGGAAUGGCACUGGCAUUAACCCUUACUGCGCUUUGAUUGAAGAAGCAUAUGGUCUGGAUAAAAUUGAGUUCUUACAGAGUCAUGAAAACCAGGAGAUCUACCAGAAGGCCUUUGAUCUUAUCGAGCAUUACUUCGGGACCGAGGAUGAGGACAGCAGCAUUGCACCCCAGGUUGACCUUAGCCAGCAGCAGUACAUCUUCCAGCAGUGUGAGGCUCCUAUGGAAGGUUUCCAGCUUUGAAGCAAUACUCUGCUUUCAUGUUCCUGUGUCAGACCAGGCUACCCAGUCAAGUCCUCUUGUGGAGCCCACAGUCCUCAUGGAGCUAACUUCUCAAAUGUUUUCCAUAAUACUGUUUGCGCUCAUUUGCUUGCCUUGCGCACCUGCUCUCUUACACACAUCUGGAAAACCUCUGGCUCUCUGUGGUGGAAUACCCUUCUAAUAAAAAGGGUAACCAGAACGGCCCACUCUUAUGGAAAAUCCCUAGGCUUUGGAGAUCCGCACUUAUAUAUUAUAAGAGUCAUGGGAUUAUACACAUAUUAAUGUGGCUCCCUUUCUUUGUGGGGGAAAAAGAGGACUCCUCCUCAUUCCCUUUAAAGUGGGGAAAAACACUGAUAUUAAAAGAUGAGACUAAACCUUUAUCUUGAAUUUCACACAACUACUUGCAACAAGGGAGAUGUUUAGACCUGUUGUGUAUACUUCAGAGUACUUUUCAUGAGUUCUUCCACAGUGAACCCUUGGAUUACCUGGUGGCUUUUCUAGCCAAAUUUGCAUUAAUCCUUACUGAGACUGGAUGGUUUUCUUUCCUCUAUUGGCGCCAUUCUUCACAGAUAUUAAAGUUAAAACCAUCCGCUCCCUCACCUUCAGCCUUCAGUGAAUGUGCUUUCUAGUUGUCAGGAAUGCUGAAGAAUUAACACUUUGACUCUUAAAUGUGAUACUGGUUUGAAGAUUCCCUUAGAGCAGAAAGGAGAGGGGCACAUAUUAAUUUGUAUGGCUAUUGCUUCUCUUUGGUCUUAUGUGUCUUAGGAUUUGGAAGUGGUUCGAUUCUAAUGCUGGUAUGAAGAUUUAGAAUCCUUAGUAAUCGAAACAAUAUCCUGUAAUUCAAUAAAAAAGAAAAAAAAGAAAACAAAAAAUCCCUCCAAUUUUCCCAGGCUCAACCAGUGUGACUAGAGGCUGUGUUUCUGCAUUAAAACAAAUGUUUCAGGCUUUGUGGUCCUGAUCAAGGUCCUCAUUAAAUUGGAGUUUACCCUAGGUGCUUUUCCCCUCUGUGACUGGCAGACAACACAUACUUUUACUAAAUAAAGGUUACUUAGGGAAACUUUUUUUUCUUAGCCAGGUGCAGCUUGAUUCUAAUGUAUUCAUGCUGCAUAUAUGAUCCCUUUAAUGUAGCAUCCUUAUCUUAAAUAAUCAUCUUCUCAACAUAACCUGUUCAACCCAAAUAAGGGCAGUGAUUUUUUUUUUUUAAUAACCUCAUUGUUCCCUAAUCAUUUCAUCUCCUACUAGUACUGCCCAGUCAACUCCCCAUAAAAUAAAAAGUUUCUACCUUCUGGCUCAUUUAAUGAUAACUGCAAUGUACCUGCAACUGGCGCUUCCAGUACUGUCUUCAGUGAUCCACAUUUGUGCUUGGACCGGAAUGAAAAAAUAAGCUUAAUUGCCAAGAGAACUGCAACUGAGUUCAAUACGACUUCUUGGUGCUAGUUGGCCAUCUUGACUCAAUGUUGGGACACACUAUCAGAGAAGAUUUUUUUUGUUGAUAUACUGUUCAAAAUGAAUUCUGAAAGAAAAGUUGCUCACUUCUGUUUUAAAGAAUACCCUUUUAAACCUCUUUAAUCUUGUUCUCUUCUAGAAUUCAUUAUAACCCCAAAAUGUACUAUUUGGAAGUUCCCCUGACAGGUUAUCAUACAUCUCUGGUAAAUCCUGCUGAAUGUUAGGGAUAUUCAGUGCUUUCAUACCUCAUCAUGUUGUUAUUUAAGCAGCCAACUUACGUAACCUGAUUUAAACUUUUAAAAAGUCCACUUCAAAGUAGAAAGAUACAAAGACAAAGGACAUAUAUCAGCCAAGUGUGUGACACAUUCUUCGCAUCCACUCUGUAGUUGUGUCUGUGCUCUGGAUGGAUACCGUCUGAUGUCUGUCUGUUACUGAUGGAGCAGCCACUGCAAAACUAGUCAACUCCCACCUAUCACUUUCUCUAGUGCUGCUUUGUGCUGAAAGGACAUUUUAGUUUACUGCACUUGACUUGUAAAAGACUUUGAUUCUUUGUAAUUUUAGGGACAAAUUAGGUGUUUAAUUUAAAGAAAAAAGUUCAAUUUUGCCUUUACAUCACAUUAAAAUAUAACUUCUUUCAGAAGGGUAAUAGAAGCACUGAUUCAUAGUAAAAAUCUUGUUUUUAGCUUUGACUUUUUUUGUGGCUGAGUUUUUUAAAACUGUACAUCACUGGUAACACGUCAUUUCUCUAGGAUGUUUUACAUUAUGUACCUUCUAUUGGAUAAUUUUACAAAUUUCAAUUCAUUUUUGAUGAGCCAAUUUGAGUGGAAAAAAGAUAAAGCACACAAAGUUGUUUCCCCAGGUUAGUAGGAAAAUAGCAUACACUGGGAGUUUUGCAAUUGCAGGUAUCUCAGUGAAUGAAUUAAACAAAGUCCAUUUAACUAUUGUGAUCUGUUUUCUGUCUAAAACAGGAAUUUAUCUUGCUCCUGUUCUACAAGUUCAUGAGCCAUGAGAUGAGCUAAUUUUUUUUUUUUGGAAUAAAAUGUUUUUAACAUAAAAAUUGGAAUUAACUGAAGGAUAAAUCCCAGCAUAACUGUUAGAACUGAUAAAGCAGCCUUUUUAGUUAUAGAAAUGAGACUUUAGGAGGUAACUAAGUCCUAAUUUCAGUUCUCUGCCUGCCAGAUUGUAUUAAUGUACGUUGAAUUUAUUGAAACCCUAUCACUAAGAUGUUACUCAUUACAAAAGCAUGUUAAUUUCAACACAGGAAAACUCUUCUGCAAUAUAUACUAAUUGGGGGGGGGGAAGUGGCAUGAUUAUCCCUCUCCCCCCAGUUUUACCUCCAGACUUUCAAAGUGUGUUCUUUGAAAUGAAAACUUAGGUGGGGGAAAAACACUCACAGCAUUUGGGAUAUAAAGGCACCCUGCAUUUGAAGGACCAACAAGUAGAUAUGGUUGGAAUGAGAAAAACCAGGAAAGGAAAACAGAUGAGUUUUCUAUGGAACCCUUUAAGUCAUGUAAUUAUCACUAAGUAGGGCCCUUUUAAACCUUUGUCAGCUACACUGUUUUUGAAAACUAUUGCCCUAGGAUGGUUUCUUCCAUCUGCUAGAUAAAGCCAAAUGGGCUCUGGGCCAUUUUUUCAUAUUGCCACAAAUUUAAACAAUGACAAUUAUCCCAUAAUAAAUCUGAAUUAUUCCAGAUUGUUGCUAAUUUUGCCUGAGGAAAAAAAUGUAAUAUAUUUUAUAAACCAAACUUUGUCAAUUAAAUCCUGUUGUACAUGGCCACUCACAGGCAACUUUGAAUUUACUUCUCUAGUGCUAAACAUUUCAGUUAUUUAUAAUCCCCUAAUUUGGGGUUGCGUUAUGAAAGGGUUUCCUCAAUUUGAAAGAUUUUUCUUUCUUGCUGAUUGGUUUUGUGAACAUAUUUUAUAUCAGUAUGCAAGUCUUUGCAUAUUAGUAUUUUAGGGCUUGGGGCUUUUCAUAUAUAUUGCAAUGAAAUCUUGAUGUGUAAGGAUGUUUUUUAGUAAAGAAAAGGGAUCCACUUUUAGAAGGGCAUUGUUUGCUUUUCAUAUUUAUAUAUUAUGUUCUACCUCCUACAUUCCAAAAUUUGCUCAUUUGAGAAAUAGGUGUACCUAUCUAUAUAUGAAGUCUCAAAUCUGGACUUUUUGCCAUCUGAAAUUAACAGAGCCACUUUCUUCUGUCUUCAUUGUUGGGUGAGCAGAAUAAAUAGGUAUCUGCCAAGUUGGAAAAUACUUUUAGCUACCUUUAUCAAAAGUUCAUUAUUGGGAUUGGGCACCUGGCUGGCUCAGUAGGUAGAGCAUGUGACUCCUGAUCUCAGGGUGGUCAAUUUAAGCCCCACGUUGCGCAUGGAGCCUACUUUAAAAAAAAGUUUAUCUUAAAGAAAUUUUACAAAUUAAAAAAAAAUCUGCUUCCUCAUGAGGCAUCUGGCUGGCUCUUGAUCUCAGGGUCAUGAGUUUGAGCCCCAUGUUGGGAGUAGAGAUUCCUUUAAAAAUAUAAAUUUUUUUUUUUUUUUUUUACGUUAAAGUAACUGAAGGCCAGAUGGGGCACUAGUACAGUAAGUCUGCUCUAAUAUGGAGAGUAUCCUAUAACAUACUUUAUUGUCAGAAAAGGAUAGGUACUAACAGUGGGUACCAGGACGUCACAAAAAUGUGGGAUGAAGCAAGUUAUCCACUUAUUUUAAAAAUAUCGAAUUGCCACUGGGUAUAAAUUUGGAAAUUUAGGGCAAAAAGAAAAGAUUAAUCUAAAAGAUUAGAUGAAGUUUUGCUUUUAGCUGAGGGUAGAAAAAGCCCCAUUCUCUUUUCCCAUGGGUCACAAAGGCAACUAGGUCUUUGAGCCUCUGUGUUGUGCCAGGUGCCUGCCCGGGAUAAGGGCUCCCAUUUUUUCUCUUGUAAUCCUCCAACUUGCUCUUCGAGGGAACUGUCACUGUGAUGUAGGUGACAGAAUCAAGACUUAGGAGAAUCUACUUUGCCCCAAGGUCACAACCCUUAGACACUGAAUGUCCAGUGGUGGGAAAGAGCCCUGCAGGUUGUGUCUGGAAGAAAGCAGUCAUGUGGAGGUGUUCUGGGUCAGGAACUCCCAGACCAGACUUAAACAAUAGCCACAGCUGGACCAGUCUUUCUGGCUGUUUCUCAUCAGCACCCUUAAAAUAACUAAGGUAUAAAGUUGUUUUAGGUUGCGUAUUUUGGGAACAUAAGAGCCUCUCAGCCCAAACUUCUUUUCCUUUCUGUGGUGCUAUAAUUCUGUAUAUGACCUGACAAAACAACAGAAGUCAAAAGGUAUUUAUGCAAAUGAUUGAUUUUGAGUUUAGUAGCAUAAUGGGUAAACUUAGAAACAUGUUUCCAUUCAACAAACUCCAAUGUAGAAGUACACAGAGAGGGAAAGGCUUUGGAAUGAAGAAUUCGGUCUUAGAAAGCAGUGGUAUCCAUGGACGUGAACUUAACACAGCUGACUUCCUAAAGGAAUCUCGUCCCAAGGAGUAUCAAAAGAUAGAUCACCUCUUUAUGUUGUUGAGUAUGUUCUGCUUACUUCAUCAUUAUGACCACUCUAUGUUGUUUUUCAAAGUGUUCUUACGCUUUGAUUUGGAAUGGAUCUGAUGAUUCUUUGUACUUGAAUGUGGUCUGUCAGGCCAUGGGUGAGUGCCUUGCACAUAGUAGACUAUUCAAUAAAUACUAAAUGACUGAA